GCCACUUGCAGCGCAGCCCAGCUGGGAUAGCUUGGGCCCUCCGCCAUGGAGUACCAGGCUGCCAGCGCGGCAUCCAUUGCGGACAUGCGGCACUUGGUGCAGGAUGAGCAAGCCAAGUUGCUCGAGCUCGUGGAGGACUUCCAUCGUCGCCUGAACAAUUCAAUUUCGAAUGCGUUCUUCAGGAUGAGCCUGGGUCCUCUUGGCGGCGAUUCGAUGGACAAUUCCAUGAACAGCGCUACGCCCAAUGUUCUGCCGUUUUUGCCCAGUGACAUGCGGCCGAUUAUGGCACCCAUAGCUUCCGUGGAUGAGAGCAGCGAGCCGAGCAUCGCAGAGGGCCAGGACCUGCAUUUGCACAAAGAGGUUCAGGAUUUGUCCCUGGAGGAGGUUCGCACGAAGCAGCCCAUUCUGCCCGCAAUGGACACGCAGCCUCCGGAUCCUGGCUUGGAUAUGGAUGUCGGGGUCCCACAUAUACUUCCCAGCGACGGCGGCCUCCAGGACCUUAUGAAGUCUGAGUCCGACAACAUAACAACGGGGCUGAGCGAGGCCAACAUCGGCGAGAUCAUCAGUCAGAUGACCGCCGAACGGAGCGAGGCGUCACUUCACAAGAAGCAGGUGAUCCGCUCCAGAACCCUGGACAUGUUCAUGGCCGAGAGGACUGGCGGCUGGGCGACCUUUGUGAAAGGAAUGCUGGACUACGUGGCGGGGGUCUUGGUGUUGCUGAACUCCCUGGUGAUGCUCAUCGAGUUGGAGAUGGAGGGCUCCGAGCUGGGAGGGCUCUUGGGCUUCCGCGAGCCGGUGACCUUUGCGACCUCCCUGUCGGUGAUCCGGGUCAUCAACGACUCCUUCGGCAUCGCCUUCUUCCUUGAGCUCUUGAUUCGGAUCUGCGUAGAGCGCACGCACUUCCCUAAGGACUUCGCGAAUUGGUUCGACACCGCUCUGGUGAUUGCCGGGCUCGCGGACUUUGUCUUGAACCAGUCCUUAAGCCAAGAGGCGCACCAAACUACCCAGAGCAUUGUGCUGCUGCGCCUGCUGCGCAUUCUCAAGUCUCUGCGAGCCAUACGCAUGGUGCGGUCCUUACGCAUCUUCCGGGGCCUCAGGGUGCUGGUGAAGGCCUGCCAGUGCUUCCUGCCUUCCCUCUGCUGGGCCAUGGUUUUGCUUGGGCUCAUGAUGGCAAUGGGCGCUUUGCUGAUGGGCAACCUCCUGCAUGGCUAUAUCGCGGAUGAUGCUGUGGACAUCGAUGACCGGCAAUGGGUGUGGUAUCAUUAUGGCACCGCCUAUCGCGCAGGCUACACGCUCUUCGAAGUGACCAUGGCCGGGAAUUGGCCCACAAACGCUCGACCUGUCAUCAGCAAGGUGAGCGAGGGCUUCAUUGUCUUCUUCGUUCUCUAUGUCACCAUCGUGGUCUUCGCGGUGAUCCGAGUAAUUGGCGCUGUGUUUUUGAAAGAUACCUUAGACGCAGCCCAGAACGAUGCGGAGCAGCUGGUGAUGGACAAGAUCGCAUUGAAAGAGAAGUACGUCGAGAAGUUGGAGAAGAUUUUCAAAGCCAUCGACCAGGAUGGAACGGGCCUCGUCUCCGAAGCAAGGCUCGCAGACCUGUUGAACAACCCCAAGCUGGCAGCAUAUUUCCAGACCUUGGACGUGGAUGUGCAUGAAGGAACUGCUCUCUUCGAAUUGCUGGCGUGUGGCGACGGGCAGGUCACUAUGGACGAAUUCAUCAACGGCAUUCUGCGGUGCAAGGGCCCAGCGCGGGCCAUUGACCAGGUGGCCUUGCAAGCAGACAUCCGGAUGCUGGACGCAAAGAUCUCGACUCUUGUGCAGCAGCUGGACCAGAUGGACCACACCGAGCACCGCAGGAACGGGAGGCACAUGACCACGAAGCACCUCCGGGUCUUCCGUUCUAUCGACAUGUCGGCGGAGCUGCAGCGUGUGAGAGCUACAUGAUGUUUCACUUGCGAAGAAUGGUGAAGAUCCAAGUAGGAUUGCCAUGCGAGACGGAUCCAUCGG